AUGGGUUCCAAAAGAGUUGCUUUUGAACUGAGAAUGGUGGUUUUACUGUUCUUGCUGCUGGAACUGAUUUCUUACAAUGUAUGUGAGGCUCACAUAGCGAAAUGCAGGCUCCAAGAUCCACACCGUCCACUUCACAUGUAUCAUCAGCCUGGAGAGUUCCUCAUUGGUGGCAUUGUUUCCCAUGGUGGCUUCAUCUCCUCUGAAGCAACAUUCACUGAAGAACCCCCACCAGCACUGCCUGAAGAGCUUCUGGUGGUGCCUAAGGGUUACCAGCACAUCUUGACUUUGGCAUUUGCAGUCAAUGAGAUCAACAAAGACCCUCACAUCUUACCUAAUAUCACAUUGGGCUUUCACUUAUAUGACAGCUAUUCCAAUGAAAGGAGCACAUAUCUUGCCACACUGCUACAUUUAUCCGUGGUGGAGAAAUUUGUCCCUAACUAUAUAUGUGAUGUUGAAAAUAAUCUGACUGGGGUCAUUGGGGGACUGGAUGCUGAAAUAUCCUUUUGUGUGGCAACUAUUUUGGAUACAUAUAAGAUUCCACAGCUUCAUCGCUUUCUGAGAAGUAUUUCGUUUAACAAUACGGCUGGAGAUGUGGUCUUCAUCAAUCAGAAUGGAGAGGCAGCAUCUAGCUUGAAUAUUGUCAAUUGGAUUAUAUUCCCCAACCAAAGUUUCCACAGAGUGAGCAUUGGGAGGAUAGAUCCACAGGCUUCUCCAGACCAAUCAUUCAUCCUUGAUGAAGAUGCCAUAACAUGGCACAGUUGGUUUAAUCAGACUCAGCCUCUUUCUGUCUGUACUGAGAGAUGUCUUCCAGGAUCCAGCAAGAAAGUGAAGGAGGGACAGCCACCUUGCUGCUACGAUUGCAUCCCAUGUGCAGAGGGGAAGAUUGCAAACCAGGAUGAUAUGAAUGACUGUUAUAAAUGCCCGGACAAAGACUAUCCAAGCAAGAACCGGGAUGCAUGUCUACCCAAGGAUAUCAGCUUCUUGUCUUAUGAAGAACCUUUGGGCAUCAGUUUAUCCUGUUUCUCUCUUUCCCUUUCCUUGAUCACAGCUCUGGUACUUGGUAUAUUUAUAAAACACCACGUUACACCCAUUGUCAUUGCAAAUAACCGAAACCUCACCUACGCUCUCCUCAUCUCUCUCCUGCUCUGCUUCCUUUGUGCAUUGCUCUUCAUUGGCCGACCAGAGAAGGUGACCUGCCUCCUCCGGCAACCAGCUUUUGGCAUCAUCUUCUCAACCGCUGUUUCUUGUGUUCUGGCAAAAACCUUCACGGUGGUUUUGGCCUUCAUGGCCACAAAACCAGAAACCAGGAUGAGAAAAUGGGUGGGGAAAGGACUAGGCCAUGCCAUUCUCCUUUCCUGCUCCAUAGUUCAAGCAGGGAUAUGCACUGUGUGGCUGGCAACCUCUCCCCCAUACCCAGAUGUGGACAUGCACUCAACGACAGAAGAAAUCAUACUAGAAUGUAAUGAGGGGAGUGUGGCCAUGUUUUACUGUGUCCUCAUCUACAUGAGCUGCCUGGCAAUUGUAAGUUUUGCUGUGGCUUUCCUCGCCAGGAAGCUACCAGACAGUUUCAACGAAGCCAAGUUCAUCACUUUCAGCAUAUUGGUCUUCUGCAGUGUUUGGCUGUCCUUUAUUCCUUCCUACCUGAGCACCAAGGGGAAAUAUAUGGUAGCUGUGGAGAUCUUCUCCAUCUUAGCCUCUGGUGUUGGGUUGCUGGGCUGCAUCUUUGCCCCCAAAUGUUACAUAAUCAUUUUGAGGCCUGAGCUGAACAAUAGGGAACAGCUAAUAAGGAAGAGAAAUUAA